UUUUUUGAGACUUUUAACUUUUGAUUAAAAUACACAAUGUGCUGACGUAGCUACAUUAAAAACCAAAGGCAAACAUAGUUAUUUCUUUUCAGAAAGGCCUAGAGUGUUAAGCAAUGAUUAUUAUAAAUUUACCAGGAAACACAUGUAUUGACGGAAUUUUAUUGUAAAAGAAAGCCUGAUUCAUUUGCAAUAAUUUUUAUUGCAAUGUUUAAAAUCAACUUAAAAUGGUUAUAAUUACAGUAAAAUAUAAACAUUUUCGUUUUUAAACUCGGAAGUGAUGACAACGAUUCUGUUCUACCAAAUCAAAAUUCAAACCUACUCAUUAUGAUUCAAUAAAUACACACAUCGAAUGUUAACUUCCUGUUAUGUCUUACUGACAUGUGUGAAGGGAACGCUUUACUUUUAACACGGCGGCUUGAAUACAAAAGUUUUAAUUGUAAAUUGUAAAAGCGAAAACAAUUUAAUUUAAACGCUCUUGUGGUAUUUACUACAAAUAUAAACGUGCAUCAAACACUCCUUCUGAUAAUACUUUAGUGGUUUUAUAAACCCAAUUUCAUUCAACACGCGUGAUAGUAUUUCGUCCAUAAUUAGUUUAAAACCGAAAGUGAAAGAAGUUUUAAAUAUUUGAAUGAAUAGUAACACUGCCAAACUAUCAAUUGCACUUGCAAUAUUAAAAUCUGGAAAAAAGUGAUCUCUAAGAAGCAAUAAACAAUUUUUAUCACUUGAAAAGAUAUAUUGUGUUUUAUAAAAUAAAAUCUUCAUCCCUACGCGAACUUCUUUAUGUCGGAGUCAUUUUUAUCCUCAUUUGGGAUGAAUAAUGCGUCGUAUCACACAGGUCGAUAUUUUAGAGACCUGUGUGUAUACAAUGGUUAUGUACAGACCUGAAACACUGGUUAUGAUGAUCUUGCAGAAUGUCGGCAAAAACAGAAAAAGAGGACGAUGUUUAUGCACAAUUAGUCAAGGGUGUGGUCACAUCGGUGCAGUUAGAAACAUUAUCUGAAGAAGCGGAGCGUAUUCGCAGUACAAUUCAUUUCUAUCUAAUGGCCUGGCUUGAUGAAGUUGAAGAAAUAAAUCCGCUGUUUAAGGUUAAAGAGUUGAUUGGAGUGGGUAGUUAUGCUGAGGGAACAAAGAUAAUCGAACCGAAUGAGUUUGAUUACUUAGCUGUAAUUGAUGACUUCUCCAAACCAGGUCUGUUGAAAAUAGAUCUAGGGGAAUCAAGUGUUCACGAAGGAUUAGUAAAAGUCAAAGUUGAAGACGAUGAUUUAAAGUCUAGAUGUGGCCAGCUUUGUCAAAGUGGCCAUUUACAAUGCUUUCAACCAAUAAAUUUUCCAAUGUCAGGUGACAAUCGAUUCGGACAUGUUUUUAUUGAGGCACUUUUUAAGUAUGCAAAGAAAAAUGGAAAAGGAGGUUACCCGAUAAUCACAUGUCAAAUUGAUUUACCAAUUGUGAACAAUAUAUCCCUCUUGCUUACAGAAGUUGAUUAUAAUUCACCUAAUGUCCUCAUCUGUUUCAAAUACAAAGGCAAGGAAAUAACAACUGAUAUAUCCCCAGCAAUAAGAUACUUUCGAACAGAGGACUGCUUUAAAAAAGAAGAUUGUGCAGGUCCGGUUUUUGCAGAACUUGUUCUGAGUCGUAAAUCCCUACUGCUGAUUGGAGCUUUUACUAGAAACGAUUCAGAUUUUAAAAUCACUGUCACUGAAGCUGAGGUUGAAUACAUGAAGACAGUGAUGAAAGCUGAACACAAAACCAUCUAUAUAUUUUUAAAAUAUAUAACAAAAUUAUACAAGGACAAAGUAUACAAUGUAUAUCCGUUUACUUCAUAUAUGCUAAAAUCGGUGUGUUUUCACCAUGAUAUUAAAUGUGAACCCGGAAAGAGAUCAAUAAGGCAUUGUUUUCAAUUGGUGAUAGAAGAUCUAAUGGUAUGUGAUCAACAAGGGUAUGUUAUUAGUAUUGUUAACAAGCAUAUGCACCUUGUGUUAAACAAAGACAUAUCCCUAUACAAGAAUAUCAGAAGAAGUAAUAUGCUGACAGACAUGAAGAAAAUGAGCAUUUUGCCCCAAGGUAUCAACACGGUUGAUGCAUUUCAUGAAUAUGUAAGAAAUUUCGUGCUGGAAUUGAAACAAAUUAGAGAUAAAGAACAAGAUGACACUAACAAAUUGAAUGCUACAAUGCACAGAAGGUUUAAAGAAAAAAUCCAAAGGGAAGUUUCGAAGUUGGCAGAUAUGGGAUUUGACGCUGAUGAAGCCGAAAUUGCUUUGAAGAGAGCCUUAGAUGACCCAGAACUGGCUUUGGCAAUACUCAGAUAUGACGCCGAAAGACGGGCUAAAAACCAGAUAGUGGAAUCAGAAAUCUACCAUCCGAAGAAUCGUCCACCAACUUCCGUUCAGUCUAAUGUUCCGGCGGUAUGCUGUCCAAGUUCUGUUGAUACAUCAUUACAUUUAACACAGGGGUCUCAAAGUGAUACAGAUACUCAACAUUGCUCUACCACAACGGUCAAUGAAGAGGACGCUGAAAGACUGACCAAAACCAAGACAGUGGAAUCAGAUGUCAACCAUCCGAACAAAUGUCUUCCAACUUUUGUUCAAUCUAAUGUUCCGGCGGUAUAUUGUCCAAGUUCUGUUGAUAAAUCAUUACGUUCAACACAGGAGUAUCCAAGAGAUACAGAUAUUCAACAUAACUCUGCCACAAUGAUCAAAGAAGAGGACGCUGAAAGACUGACCAAAAACAAGACAGUGGAAUCAGAUGUCAACCAUCCGAACAAAUGUCUACCAACUUUUGUUCAAUCUAAUGUUCCGGCGGUAUAUUGUCCAGGUUCUGCUGAUACAUCAUUACAUUUAACACAGGAAUCUCCAAGAGAUACAGAUACUCAACAUAGUUCUACCACAAUGGUCACUGAAGAGGAGAUAUAUGAACGACAAAAACAUUAA